UCCGGUCGGGUCCGUCCGGAAGCACUUCCGGUUCAGCCCAGCCCCGUUGGCAAAAGAGUCGGGCGUGAGCAGCCGAGGAGGGACGUCGCGCAGGACAGGGGUUUCCAGCCGAGCUGCCAGAGGCGAUUUACGGGAUGGAUCCCCAGAUCUCGGCCAGAUUGAACUCCCGGAAGAGGAGGAAAGAAGGAGGAGGGGGCCCCAACGGGGCUGCGGAGUCGGACGGCAUCCCCUUAAAACUGCCCCGCAGCUGUUUCGGCCUGCGAGAGCCAGCGCCGUUUUCUGAUCAGCUGGAAGUGGAUUACAGCAAGCCCUACACACGCGUCACAUUUGAGGAGGCCACGAGAGGGACGCCCUUGGACAGGCCCGUCAGGGUUUACGCCGAUGGGAUUUUUGACCUCUUCCACUCCGGACACGCUCGGGCGCUCAUGCAGGCCAAGAGCCUCUUCCCCAACACCUACCUCAUUGUCGGAGUCUGCAGCGACGAACUGACGCACAACUUAAAGGGCUUCACGGUCAUGAACGACGCCGAGCGCUACGACGCCGUGCAGCACUGCCGCUACGUGGAUGAGGUGGUGAGGAACGCCCCCUGGACGCUCAGCCCGGAGUUCUUGGCGGAGCACAGGAUCGAUUUCGUCGCCCACGAUGACAUCCCCUAUUCCUCAGCCGGCAGCGAUGACGUCUACAAACACAUAAAAGAAGCAGGAAUGUUCGCCCCCACGCAGAGGACCGAGGGCAUCUCCACCUCGGAUAUCAUCACCCGCAUCGUCCGGGAUUACGACGUCUACGCCCGGAGGAACCUGCAGCGGGGCUACACGGCCAAGGAGCUCAACGUCAGCUUCAUCAACGAGAAGAAGUACCACUUGCAAGAGAGAGUGGACAAGGUGAAGAAGAGGGUGAAGGACGUGGAGGAGAAAUCGAAAGAAUUCGUCCAGAAAGUGGAAGAAAAAAGCAUCGACCUCAUUCAGAAGUGGGAAGAGAAAUCGCGGGAAUUCAUCGGGAACUUCUUGGAGAUGUUCGGCCCCGAAGGCGCCUUGAAGCACAUGCUGAAAGAAGGGAAGGGCCGCAUGCUGCAGGCCAUCAGCCCCAAGCAAAGCCCCAGCAGCAGCCCCACGCACGACCGCUCGCCCUCGCCCUCCUUCCGCUGGCCUUUCACCGCCAGGACGCCCCCCCUGUCUCCUGCCGGCCUCCCCCGGAACAAGUCGACGGCCAGCUACGACAUCAGCGAGGAUGAGGAGGACUGAGCAAGAAGCCCGGGAGUCGGCAGCAUGGGGGCGGGGCUUACGGAAGCCACGAGCCACUGGGGGGGAGACCCUGAGAACUCCUGCCUGGCUCCCCAAAUCCAAGAGCUGAGAUGGCCGCACCGCCGGAGACAUCUUCUCUUCCCCUCCCCAACCUCCGCCGUGGC